CCAUACUCUUGAGAAUCUUCUGGAACCCACCACACUCCACCGCCAUAUACUCCCUAACCUCCGCCGCCCACGCAUCUCUCUUCCUCCAUCGAUCUCUGUUUCUUCCUUUAUUCCUCGCCGGAACUACGUCUGGUGCGUUUUUCAUUUUUAUUGUAGAUUGAUUUUUUUUGGCUCAAGCUGUAGUAUCGCCUCCGAAGCAUCAACGAUGGCGGAGGAUAAUGCUGUAACGCUCUACAACGGCGCCGCGAUUACUGAUUCUAAGUUGAACUCGAACUCGUUCUCGAUAAAAGUCGCAAUGGCUCAAAUGCUCCGGGGAGGCGUUGUAGUGGAGGUCAUAAGUGUAGAUCAGGGGAGAAUUGCGGAAUCAGCUGGAGCAUGUGCUGUGAUUGUUUCUGACGGGAGGCGGCAGGGGAUUCUUCGCAUGCCUGAGCCUUCUGUUUUUAAGGAAAUCAAGCGAGCUUUGACGAUUCCUGUAAUGGCGAAAGCGAGGGUAGGGCAUUUUGUCGAGGCUCAGAUUCUGGAGUCAAUUGGAGCUGAUUAUAUCGAUGAGAGUGAGGUUUUGGGGGUUGCUGAUGAGGAUCACUGCAUCAACAAGCAUAAUUUCCGCACUCCGUUUGUGUGCGGGUGUCGCGAUAUAGGGGAAGCGCUGCGUAGGGUUAGAGAGGGGGCGGCGUUCAUAAGGACGCAAGGGGAUCUGAAAGGAACUGGCAAUGUUGCAGAGACGGUGGGCAAUGUGAGGAAAGUGAUGGGCGAAAUUAGGGUUUUGAACAACAUGGAUGAGGAUGAGCUUUUUGCAUAUUCCAAGCGGAUUCAAGCGCCGUACGAUCUAGUGGUGCAGACUAAACAAAUGGGGAGGUUGCCGGUGGUGCAUUUUGCCGCCGGCGGCAUAGUGACGCCUGCCGAUGCGGCGCUGAUGAUGCAAUUGGGAUGCGACGGGGUUUUCUUGGGACCUGAGGUUUAUGAAUAUAUAGAUCCGUAUGAGAGCAUUCGGGCAAUUGUGAAUGCUGUUAGGAACUACAAUGACCCAAAUGUGUUGGCACAGGCAAGCAGUGUUGUGGAGUAUCUCGUGGUUGAUAUGAAUUAUAUGACUACUAAGGAAAACAGAGUUGAGCGGUGUGGUGCACACUGAUCAGUUUGAUGUGAGUUUCUGUGACUUUCUUUGUAUCUUUCUUGGAUUCAGCAUGCAUAGUAUAGUUACCUUGCGUUUUGAAAUAAUCAUGUUUCCAUAUGUUGCCUUUAUGUUUACUCUAAAAGAAUAAGAGCUUAGUCAUGUACUGAUUACUGGAUCUAUGAGUAAUGUGAUUGUGAACUGCAUUGCUA